AUGGCGGCGCGCCAGACGCGGCAGACGGACUUGAAGCGCAUCGGGCAUUUCGCGGGGAGGCGCGCCAGGAUCUCCGAGAUGAUUACGUCGUCUGGGAGGGUGCAGGCCGCCGGCGGCCUUAUAAACCGUACCCAAUUACCCGUCGACCAAUCGCCCAGCACGCUCCCCUGCUCUCUGCAGCCUUCCGUCCCUCGAUUAGUCGAUUCUCUCCGGCGGCGUGAGAUCGACAAGGGCAAAGCUCAUGCCGGACCCGGCGAGAGCGAGACCCAGCGGCGCACGUACGAGGUCCUGGACGCCGUGGCAGCCCUGGAGCCCGGCACCGCGCGGCGGCUCUGCUCGACGGUGCGGCAGAUGCGUCGCAGCUCCUCCGCCGACACGGACGCCAUGAAGAACGCGCGGCAGCUCCUCCGUAGCGCCAUGUCCGGCAUCGACGACUACGCCGCCGUCUACAGGGCCUGGAUCGCCAUGGAGACCGAGGACAGCGGCAUCGGCAUCGGCGUCGCCAGGGAGCUCGUCCUGGACUGGGGUUGCGUGUGCACGGCCGAGGGCACUGCCGACGAGUACGCCGCGUUCUGGAUCGAUUACCUCGCCUUCGAGCUCAGUACUGGGCGGGUCUUCAGAAGGGUAGCAUGAAGGAGAAGCUGAUGAUGGGGGCGCAGUUACUUCAGCUGGUGGCGACCGAUGUUCUGCAUCCUCGGCAUGGCUGGAGUCUCUGUCAGAGAAGAAUACUGGGAACUUGAGGAGCUCUGUGUUUUGCUGAGAACUGGUUUUGAUUUUGGCCUGGAGCCAUGCUUCUACUUGUAAUUUGUGGAGUCCAGUCAGGCUGGAGGUCUGGCUGUUUUUA